AUGGCGAUGGUGACGGUGGGGUUUGUAGUAUCUCACGUUCUUUCGGCCCUUGUUGUGCCUCUUGGGCCCGAGCAACCACAGCAACCGCAACAACAAGGGCAACCUCAACAGCAAUCGUCUCUACCGGGAAGUACUUCCGAAGAAGCCACGGCUGUCGCGCCGGGUUUGAGGCUGAAUACGAAUGUGGGGGCUUCGGUUCUUAAUGGUGCCGACACUCAAUCACCAGCCCCUCAAACGCAGCAAACACAGCACCCAACGAUUUCAACACCGUUAGAUAUGAUACUUUACAUAUUAGGACCUAAGGGGAAACAACUCUUCCCGCCUGAACUUAGAUCGAAUGCGUGCUCACUCUUAAGUAGUGUUGGGAGAAAGGAUGCCGAGGUUUCGAAUUUAUUGUCUUCAUCUUCUGCGACGGCAGUGACCGAAUCGAGUGGGAAGGGGAAGGCGGGCUUGCUGAACGAAGUGAAGAGGAGAGCCAGACCUAUUAUUCUCGCGCUUGUUAAUGAGCAGGGUGGCUUUGGUGGAGGUGUCGGAGGGGGUGAUAGCGUACCGAUAUCGCCUGUUUCGACUACUUCUACGGGCACGGGGAUAAUUGGGGGGAGGAAUCCGCAGCUUGUUAGGAAUGCUGCAUUAAGGACGCUUUCUGUUUGGGGUAGGGCUUAG